AUGGAUUUAUUCGGACCAUUUUCAAUUGCGGUAGGGGGAGUAAAAUGGUUAAUAGUCACGAUUGACUACUUCACCAAAUGGAUUGAGGCUGAAGCUUUAGCCAUAAUAUCAACUAGCAACAUCCGCCGAUUCUUUUAUCGCAAGAUCAUAUGCAGAUUUGGUGUCCUUCAUUCCAUUAUUAAUGACAAUGGAACACAGUUUUUGGAUAAAAUGUUCAAUCAAGUGCUUCAAGAUCUACACAUCAAACACAGAACUACUCCACACUCAACCACUGGUGAAACACCAUUUUGCAUAGUUUGUGGGAGUGAAGCAAUGAUUCCAGUUGAAAUUGGAGAGCCAUCUUGGAGAAAGAUGUAUGCAACAGAGGAGAGCAAUUCUCAAGCAUUAUUACAUAACUUAGAUACAAUCAAUGAAAUGCGCGAGAUUGCUCAUAUCAAAGAAGCCGUGUUGAAACAGAGAAUAACAACGUGCUAUAAUUCGAAGGUCAUUAAACGAAGUUUCAAUGUCGGAGAAUUAGUCUUGCGCAGAGCAGAUAUUGGCAAUAAAAAUGGACGCCAAGGUAAAUUGGCCACGAAUUGGGAAGGGCCAUAUCGCGUCCAAGGAGAAAAGCACGAAGACUAUGCUAAUAUGAUUCAUCCAUGGCAUUCUCACGCUAAUAGUGUGAAUUUCACGCUAUUAGCGUGA